CCAGCCGCCAUACAUGCCGGCGGGCGCGCGACCUGUGACUCCGGGACCCCCAUUCGCCGCCGCUCUCCCCUCCUCCCGCUCCCAGAUCACGCCGCCGCACACGUCGCCGCCGCCGGACGGGUCAGGCGGCCAUCACCGCUGCGGAGGCCGCUGCUGCCGCUGGGAAAGCUUAAUCACCAGCAGCCAUGUCCAUCAGAUCUCUCAUCGCCGCAUCCAGGUCCAGACAUGCCCUCACCGCUGCCACCAUCUCUCAGGCAACUUCCAGGGCGCACCAGCACGCCUGCGUGCCUCCUCUGCUCUCGGGGCUUGGACCACUCGCGCGCGCCUUUAGCUCAAGCGCUGCAGUAGCAGAUGUCAAUUCAGGUGUCCGUGUUAUGGAAGGGCAGAUUUUGCCAAAUGUCUACUCCAAAGGGUAUUCUACUCUUUUGGCUCCAGCAAAUGAAGCGCUGAUUCCACCGGAACUUCUAUCUAGCAAGACUGUCUGGACACCAGACCGAGAGCUUGGGCAGUAUGAGGACCUAGUAGCUAGAGUAACAAACUUCCAUAAUGAGGACAACGGAUUCAUGGUUUUGGAUGGUGAUGUUUUUGAUGUUCCAAUUAGGAAGGAUAUCGUUCACAGGGUAGUAAGGUGGCAGCUUGCUAAAAGGCAACAGGGGACACACUCAACUAAAACUAUCAGUGAAGUGAGCGGCACAGGAAGAAAGCCUUACAAGCAAAAAGGAACUGGAAGAGCACGUCAUGGAACAUUGCGUGGUUGUCAGUUUCGAGGAGGUGCAACUAUGCAUGGCCCGAAACCACGAAGCCAUGCAUUCAAGUUGCAGAAGAAAGUGCGACGUCUGGGACUUAAGAUAGCCUUGUCUGCUAGAACAGCUGAGGGGAAGCUCUGCAUCUUCGAGGACCUAGAAGUCCCCAGCCACAAGACGAAAAACAUCGUGCAGUACAUCAAGCAGAUGGACGAUACGAAGAAGGUUUUGUUGGUGGAUGGAGGCGACAUUGAUAAGAAGUUAAAGCUGGCCACUAAAAAUCUUCACUACGUGAAUGUCAUUCCUUCGAUUGGCCUCAAUGUCUACAGCAUCCUGCAGCAUGACACCCUCGUAAUGACUCGAGAUGCCAUCAACAGAAUCGUGGAGCGGAUGCACACCCCCAUCAGCCGCUAGCAAAGCAGGGCUUCAAAGAACCUUUCUAUGCAUACGACGUCUUUUAUCCAGUUUUGGUACAGCCGUUCAUGAGUAGGCGAAAGUGCAGCCCAACCCUUUGAUUAUCUGUUGUAAGGAGAUCGUAGCACUAGUGUUUUGUUGCAGACGCUUUAAUGAGAAAUGCUAUGGAGAACCUGCGGAUGUACCCACUUGGAAUCCCACCCCUUUUCGUACAUCCCCUUCAUAAUACACUAGAGGACUGUGCUUGCUUUGUCGCGCCGUUCUUCACUUGUGGGGUUAACUUUUCUUUUUCCCCAGCAGGUUAUUGUGGAUGAUUGUUUUGUUUUGAUUUUAUCUAUGGUUUGGAUUUUAA